AUGGGUGUUAUUGAAGACUUGACAUUUGAAAGAGAUGCAUCAAUUCGUAAAAUAAAAUGGAUUAAUGAAAUUGCCGAUGCUGUCAAAAAGGAUCCGAAAAAUAAAAAGAUGAAGAAGCUAUUGAAAGAUAUGGUUUCAGAAGUGGGCUGCGGCAAGAGAGUGGGUGGCAGAGCUGGGCGCAUAGUGGGGGGCGAGGAAGCUAUGCCUGGCGAGUUCCCUUGGCUGGUGAGCAUCCGUCGCCACCACAAACACAUCUGCGGUGGCACACUCAUCAGCAGCCGCAUCGUUCUCACUGCAGCGCACUGCUUUUGCAGAGGUUCUUCAGUCAUGACAACCGAGUACUUACACGUUGCUGCUGGUGAACACAACCUCAACCCUUCAGGGGACAAAUCCUAUACAACAGUUUCAAGAAUUUCAAGACUUAUUCUUCAUCCUCUGUACGACUGUUCAAAGCACGUCCAUGACAUCGCUCUGAUUGUGAUGCCGGAUGCUCUACCCUGGUCCGGGAGAGUACUCCCAGCUUGUCUCCCAUCUCAUGAAGGAGCGUCUUCUUUCACAAACCACAAGGCUAUUGUAGCUGGUUGGGGAUGGACUGAUGAGAGCACCUACACAGGCUCGAGAUCUGAUAUCCUGAAGAAAGUGACGUUGGAGGUUAUUGGCGUUGAAACAUGUAGAAGCUGGUACCGGUCCAUGGGCAAGAAAAUCAAAAUUACUGACUCACAGAUGUGCGCCGGAGUCGAACAGGGUGGGAAGGACGCCUGUUGGGCUGACAGCGGUGGUCCGCUGAUGGUGGAGGGCUUCUCAAGGAGUGAUGACGAUGACAGCCUGCUGGUGGUUGGAGUCGUGUCCACCGGAAUCGGAUGUGCGAGGCCCAAGCUGCCAGGCCUCUACACCAGAAUAUCCGACUACAUGCCAUGGAUCUCACAAACUAUUUCACAAGUUUCGUCAAAGUGAUUGCAAACUCAUGAGAGCAAUGAAUUUUGUUCGAUAGAAGUUUUAUUAUGUAACCAAAGACUAGUGCCAUCAUGAGAGAAGAGAGUUACCAAAGAAACUAUUAACUGAUAUAAUUAUUACUAAAAUUGUACUAUCAUGUAAAAUACAAAGUGUAUGUUUGAAAAUAUCGCAGAUAAGUUAUUAUUGAUGUGUAGUGUUAUUAAUUUGUUGAUAAAAUCAAAUUUUCUUAAAAUUCUAUGUCUG